AAACAGAAGGAACCCUAGACGGAAGAAGGGGCGGCGAGGAAGAGAGGGGGCGAGAAAGGAAGGCCGAGAGAGAGGGAGAGCAGAGAGGUUGAGCGAAGAGAAGACGGGCAGCACGAUUCAAGGGGGAUUAGAAGGAGGAAUCCUUGUCAGGAAUCCGCGGGGGCGACAAGGGUCCGGAGAAGGAUCACUGUUGUAGACGAACGUUCAGGCGGAAGCAAGAGAAAAUGAAGGUAAUCGCUGCCUAUUUGCUUGCUGUAUUGGGAGGCAACGCAUGCCCCACGGCUGAAGACAUCAAAGCCAUUCUCGGAUCGGUUGGGGCUGAAGCUGAAGAUGAAAGAAUUGAGCUUCUUCUCUCCCAGGUUCAUGGUAAGGAUAUAGUAGAGCUAAUUGCAGCUGGAAGGGAGAAAUUGGCUUCUGUGCCAUGUGGCGGUGGCGGUGGUGCUGCAGUUGCCGCAGCUCCUUCAGCUGGUGGUGCUGCAGCCACACCUGCUGCUGAGGAAAAGAAAGAAGAGAAGAAAGAGGAGAAAGAGGAAUCUGAUGAUGACAUGGGUUUCAGUCUGUUUGACUAAGAAGUUGCAUUGCUUAUUGAUCACCUCUCAAAUGCAGUGAGCAUGUGUUAAUUUGAGGUUUAAAAGUCUGUAGUUGGUCCUGAAUUUUAAUUUUCUUUUUGAACUGUUGAAGUUUUGUUUAGAUAAUGAAGUGAGUUCAACAUUGGAGCAUAUUUUGUUGCUGGAUUUUGUCUCUUGCUUGUUAUAGGCUUGUUCUUAAAUAUCAUAUAGAUGUUGAUUUUGUAGUUGCCAAA